AUGGGCAUGGGCGUGGGCGGCGUUGGCGUGGGCGGCAUUGAUGUGGGCGGCGUUGAUGUGGGCGGCGUUGACGUGGGCGGAGUUGGUAGGUGGUGGUGGUGGAAGGGAAUGGGAUGGUCACGGAGUAAGUCACGUGACCUCACCCCGCAGACUGAACAAAAUCAUAAAUCCUUAUUGCAGCUAUCACUGACCCACACUAUAUGUAAAUUAUUUAAAAUUCCAGUGGACUGGGACUGGACUCAGGAAAGUGGCUGGCAGUCCAGUGGGAGUCCAGUGGACUGGACUGGACUGGACUCCAGUGGACUGGGCAUUCUGCCAGCCAAUCUGGCCUGCUUCGAAAAGUCACAAUCACCUCCAGAUGCAGUAUCAAGGGCACCCCCGAUUACUAUCACCAACCCUGCCUCCACCAUUGUAGCUGGCCUCAUGGGCCCUGCAGUGCUAGAAGACAUUAAAGAGGGCAUGCAGCAAUUCUUGGUGUCUGGAUUGUCUAUCACCGAUCCGAACUUGACUCCCAGCUACUCAUCCCCAUUAUCUGCUUCUCCUUUGUCCCUUUCGGGCCAACGAAGUUCGCCACUAUUGGUGGAACGAAGCUCACCACUAUCUGGAGGGCCAACGACACCAAGAUGGUGGAUUCACAUGAGGGAGAAGGAGAGUCUUUCUUCACUGUCGACACAUGCUAUGGCUACCAGUGUGAUGAUGCGGUAUUCGCAGUGCUCAAGCUCAACGGCUGCAUCAUCUUUAGGCAGCAAGGAGUUGGGAGGCGAUGAUGCUGGGGAGGGUGAAGAAUUGCUUGGGGAAAGGGAUGACUUUUGUGUGGCCCUGGAGUUGAUGGUACACGAUACAGGUGCAACUCUGACCAUGAGUCCGAACCCUGCUUUCAAGUGCAAAGGACGGCAACAAUGUGCGGUGGAGCCACAGCAGCCUGUUCCAGGGGAGCCUCAACCCCAAGGAGAGCCUGACAACGAGGAGGAGUUCAACAAGAAAGAUGUCAUCCCCCUGCAUUGGAGCAGUGGGUUGUCGGCCAUCGAGCCUGGGUUGAAGGCAAGCGCCACUACUGCAAGUUCAGUAGGGAGCUCAAGGGUACCGUCACUGCUCCCUGAGCUUGAGGGUACUGCGAAGCUUGAGGGGGGAAGUAGUGGCAGGGAGAAGACGAAUGGGAAUAUGCAGGCGAGCAUCAACAUGAAUGGACAUCGGUAUGUGGCUCAGUCCGAUGGGAGGGUUGGGGGCGGUGUGAAUGGGAUGGGAUCUCUUCCUCCCCCUUUGUCUAUCCCUGGCAGUACUUUACACUCCCACUGCUUGUCCAACGGACUCUGA